AAGACAAGGCAAAAUCAAUUAAAAAGCAAGCACACACCCACUUUGCUUCUUUAUUUAUUUUUGUUACAUUUCCCAUCCCUUUCUUCUCUUGGAGCAAGGUAUUUUGACAGGGUCUUCAACCAACCCUCCCUGCACACUCUGUGCUGAUUUUUCCAUACAUCAAUAUCAUAUUCACGUUCUCAUUAUGCUCUGCAAGUUGUCACAGAGGACUGGGUCAAUAACAGGAAGAGCCUUAGAGGCAAGAAGAGUUCCUUGAGUUCUUUGACUUCUUUUUCCUUAGCUAGUGAAGGUAUGGAGGAAGCCAUUUUGAGGGUGAUCUUCUUGGUGGUGGUGUUCUUGUUUGGGAAGAAUCUGCAGCUGGUUCUCUCUUUCACCAAUCCUGAUGACUCCGCAGCUCUCCAAUCCCUCAAGAGCACAUGGCAGAACACGCCGCCUAGCUGGGGAAGGUCGAGUGACCCGUGCGGACUUCCUUGGGAAGGAGUAACCUGCAAUGGCAAUUCGAGGGUAACUGCACUGGGAUUAUCGACCAUGGGAAUCAAGGGCCAGCUAAGUAGUGACAUAGCAGGACUCACGGAACUAAGAUCUCUGGACAUUUCCUUCAACAAAGACCUCACUGGUCCUCUCUCUCGGCAGUUGGGCAAUCUACAGAAGUUGAACAUACUGAUUUUAGCCGGCUGUAGUAUCACCGGUAGUAUUCCGGACGAACUGGGCAACCUUGCGGAGCUAUCGUUCUUGGCACUGAACUCGAACAACUUCACGGGUAAUAUACCUGCUUCCUUGGGUAAACUCUCCAAGCUUUACUGGCUUGACCUGGCUGAUAAUCAAUUAACGGGGCCUAUUCCGAUAUCAACGGACACAUCCCCCGGAUUGGACCUCCUGUUAAAAGCAAAGCACUUUCAUUUCAACAAGAACAAGCUUUCAGGGCCCAUUCCGGAAAAGCUAUUCAGCUCAGAGAUGGUUCUAAUACACGUCUUAUUCGAUGGAAAUAAGCUUAAUGGUACCAUACCAUCCUCAUUAGGACUUCUAGUGGAUCUUGAGGUUCUUCGACUUGACAGGAAUUCGUUAUCUGGAAAAGUCCCUCUGAAUCUCAACAGCCUCACAAACCUUAGUGAACUGAACUUAGCCCAUAAUGAAUUGACUGGCCCUUUACCGGACUUGACGGAUAUGAAUUCCCUCAAUUACGUUGACCUUAGCAACAACUUCUUUGACCCUUCGGAAGCUCCAGAUUGGUUCUCAACCUUACCUUCUCUAACCACGCUGGUUACAGAAUACGGAACGCUUAAAGGAAUUGUCCCACAAAAGCUCUUCAGCUUUCCUCAGCUACAGCAAGUGAAAUUGAGGAACAAUGCUUUCAAUGGUACGCUGAACAUUGGAGACAACAUCAGUCCCCAGUUGCAGCUUGUCGAUCUGCAAAACAACGAAAUUUCAUCGGUGACGCUGGGCUCUCCGGGAUACACAAACACACUGAUGCUAAUAGGCAACCCAGUUUGCUCUACCCAACUCUCGAACACUAAUUACUGCCAGCUUCAGCAGCAGACAGUGAAGCCUUAUUCAACCAGCCUCGCCAGCUGUGGAAGCAAGUUGUGCCCCAUCGACGAAAGGCUCAACCCUCAGAGCUGCGAGUGCGCAUUUCCAUACCAAGGGACGUUAUAUUUUAGAGGUCCCUCCUUCAGGGAAUUGUCCAAUGUGACCACGUUUCACAUGCUCGAAAUGGACUUGUGGACGAAGUUGAAUCUCACCCCCGGUUCAGUUUCUCUUCAGAACCCCUUCUUCAAUCUCGACGACUACCUUCAAGUGCAGCUUUCGCUCUUCCCCCCGAGCGGGAAAUAUUUUAGUCGGUCAGAUGUUCAGAGGAUCGGUUUCGAUUUGACCAACCAAACUUUCAAGCCUCCUAAACCAUUCGGCCCCUAUUACUUCAUCGCUUCCCCCUAUGCUUUUCCAGAUAAUGGAGGAACCACCAUAAGCAAAGUUGUGAUAGUUGGGAUCGCUAUUGGCAGCACGGUUCUGGUUCUCGGCCUUGUUGUAUUAGGUAUAUAUGCAAUUCGACAAAAGAAACGGGCGGAGAAAGCUCUUGAGUUGAGCAGACCCUUCGCAUCCUGGGCACCCAGUGGGAAAGAUAGCGGAGGAGUGCCGCAACUGAAAGGAGCACGAUGGUUCUCUUAUGAUGAACUUAAGAAGUGCACCAAUAAUUUCUCUGAAAGUAACGAAUUAGGCGCCGGUGGAUAUGGAAAGGUGUACAGGGGAGUGCUUCCUGAUGGUCAUAUAAUAGCAAUCAAAAGAGCUCAACAAGGGUCGAUGCAGGGUGCGGUCGAGUUCAAGACAGAAAUCGAGCUGCUUUCACGGGUCCAUCACAAGAAUCUCGUCGCCCUCAUAGGAUUCUGUUUUGAGCAAGGGGAGCAGAUGUUGGUCUAUGAAUAUAUGCCUAACGGGACACUCAGGGAUAGCUUGACAGGAAAAUCAGGCAUAUAUCUUGAUUGGAAGAGGAGACUUCGAAUAGCUCUAGGUUCGGCUAGAGGACUCGCUUAUCUGCACGAACUCGCGAAUCCCCCAAUUAUCCACAGAGAUGUCAAGUCCACAAAUAUCUUGUUGGACGAACAUCUGACGGCCAAAGUUGCGGAUUUCGGUUUGUCCAAACUGGUGUCGGACAGCACGAAGGGGCACGUUUCAACGCAAGUGAAAGGCACACUGGGCUAUUUGGAUCCCGAAUACUACAUGACUCAACAGCUAACAGAAAAGAGUGACGUGUACAGCUUCGGGGUGGUUAUGCUCGAGCUGAUCACCGCAAAGCAACCGAUCGAGAAGGGCAAGUACGUCGUCCGCGAGAUUCGCACUGCCAUGGACAAGAAUGAUCAAGACUACUACGGCGUGAGGGAAAUGAUGGACCCGUCCAUGAGGAGCACGGGCAAACUCGUCGGGUUUGGCAGGUUCUUGGACUUGGCAAUGCAAUGCGUCGAGGAGUCAGCUGUGGACCGCCCCACGAUGAGCGAGGUGGUGAAGGCGAUCGAGACCGUGUUGCAGAACGACGGGAUACACACGAACUCGACAUCGGCAUCCUCGUCGGCGACGGAUUUCGGGUCGUCGAAGGGGGCUCCUCGGCAUCCGUACAGCAACGAUGCCUUGCCCAAGAAGGAUGUGAGCUAUAGUGAUUCCUUUGAUUACAGUGGUGGAUAUGCACUCUCUGCAAAAAUUGAACCCAAGUGAUGAAACAUGAUCAUUGAUCUGCUCAGUCAUUUGUUUUUUUCUUUUUACCUCUUUCCUUUGGUUUUGUUCAGGUUUGGCUUGGUCCUCUUCACAAUUUCUGUAAGUGAGUAAGCUGUUUCGUAUGUGUAAUAGUUUUGAUCAGCUGCAUCAAGUGACGGAAAGUUUUUGUGUAAGUGCCAGACUGCUUUUACAUUUCAUUUUUCUCGUUCUAGCACUGCAGCAUUGUAACAACAUUUCAAAAUUCUUAGUUUGUUCGGUUUGUCUGUUUGUCU